AUGUGGUCUAAAAAUUCGAAGAUCUUUGAAGAAAACUCGAAUUCUCUAGAAAUGAUGAGAGUGAAAUUCUGCAUUUCUCUUUCUGUUGUGCUAUGUUGCCGUGUGGCUCCAUUGCAAAAAGCUGGAAUUGUUAACCUCGUAAAGAACAAGACAGAUGAUAUGACUCUUGCCAUAGGGGAUGGUGCUAAUGAUGUUUCAAUGAUCCAAAUGGCUGAUGUGGGAGUUGGCAUCAGCGGGCAAGAGGGUCGGCAAGCUGUCAUGGCAUCAGAUUUUUCAAUGGGGCAGUUCAGAUUCUUGGUUCCCCUUUUAUUGGUUCAUGGACAUUGGAAUUACCAGCGGAUGGGCUACGUGAUAUUAUACAAUUUUUACAGGAAUGCGGUGUUUGUUCUUGUCUUAUUUUGGUAUACGCUUUUCACUGGUUUCACUUUGACAACUGCAAUUACUGAGUGGAGCAGCGUCUUGUAUUCAGUAAUUUAUACUUCAUUUCCUACAAUCUUUGUUGGAAUCCUAGACAAGGAUCUAAGUAGAAUGACUCUUCUAAGGUAUCCCCAGCUUUAUGGGGCUGGACAGAGAGGGGAAAGCUAUAAUGCAAAACUAUUUUGGAUAACAAUGGCGGACACUUUGUGGCAAAGUGUAGCUGCCUUCUUUCUCCCCCUCUGUGUACUGACACAGCACCAUUGA